GCGACGCGCGGAGUGGCCUGAGCUGACGGGAAGAGUUCCAGGCGUCGGCCACUGGACAAGCGCAAGGGACUACUUUCCCCUCUGGCUCGGAAGAAGUCCCGGACCACAGAGGCAGCGCUGCCUGCCUGGGGUCCGUGGUUCUCGCUUCCGAAAAUUUGAAAUUGGAACCGUCCUGAGCGCGCGCCCACUGACCACCCCCAGUAUUGACAAGGCGCGCGCCUUGUCCACUUGACCCCCUUAUCUAGUGCACGCGCAGCGCCUCGGUAACCCCCCCCCCCCCCCCCCCCAUUAAAAUGGCCGAGGAGCAGGAGCUGAUCGGUGCUUCUGAGUUUAGUAAAGAUCGUUUGUACUUCGCAACUCUGAGAAACAAGCCGAAAAGUACAGUCAAUACGCAUUACUUCUGCAUUGAUGAGGAGCUGGUUUACGAAAACUUCUAUGCAGAUUUCGGACCACUCAACUUGGCCCAACUGUAUCGAUAUUGCUGCAAACUCAACAAGAAACUGAAAUCAUUUACUUUGUCAAGGAAGAAGAUUGUCCACUACACCAGCUUUGAUCAACGAAAACGAGCUAAUGCAGCAUUUCUAAUUGGUGCCUAUUCAGCUCCUGAUGGAUGUAGUUGACCAAUGAUCCAAACUGAACAGCUGCCAGACUGUCAAUAGUGAUCUACAGCUGGUCAAUGGACGCUGGAUGAUGUGAGAAAAUUGGCUACAGACAAGAAUGAAUAAAAUGUUUUGCCUGAUGAAUCUCUAGGUUAGGAAGCUGCUGUGUCUAUGCAUGUUUAAUAAGUCAUUUACUGGGACUUGUUACUUGCGAAUCUCACCAGAUCUGUUUAUAUCUGAAAUUAAAAAUUAACACAUGA